AUGCCUCAUACUCCUGACGAACCUCCUUCUGGUGGCGAGCUUCUUUUUAGCAAUGAACCUCCUACUCCUGACGUACUUCCUUUUAGUAACGAACCUCCUACUGCUGACGUACCUCCUUUUAGUAACGAACCUCCUACUGCUGACGUACCUCCUUUUAGUAACGAACCUCCUACUGCUGACGUACCUCCUUUUAGUAACGAACCUCCUACUCCUGACGUACCUCCUUUUAGUAACGAACCUCCUACUCCUGACGUACCUCCUUUUAGUAACGAACCUCCUACUCCUGACGUACCUCCUUUUAGUAACGAACCUCCUACUCCUGACGUACCUCCUUUUAGUAACGAACCUCCUACUGCUGACGUACCUCCUUUUAGUAACGAACCUCCUACUCCUGACGUACCUCAUUUUAGUAACGAAUCUCCUAUUAGUAUUCCUAACAUCGUUAACUUAAAUGAUUAUCCUUGGGAAAUUCCAGCCCUAGAGAGUUAA